AUGUCACAGGACUUCAGUGAUGAGUGGGAGCUGAGCAAAGAGAAUGUGCAGCCCCUGCGGCAAGGACGUGUCAUGUCCGCCUUGCAGGAGGCACUGGCUCAUCAGGAGACCUCCACCCACACUGCUGUUCACCUCAAAAAACAGGAGUUUGAAUCAGAAAUCCGAUUUUACUCUGGAGAUGAUCCACUGGAUGUCUGGGACCGGUACAUCAAGUGGACAGAGCAAACCUUCCCCCAAGGUGGAAAGGAGAGUAAUCUCGCAGCAAUAUUGGAAAGGGCAGUGAAAGCACUCAAUGAAGAGCAGCGAUACUACAAAGAUCCCCGCUAUCUUAAUCUCUGGCUCAAGUUUGGAGAUUGCUGUAAUGAGCCCUUGGAUCUGUACAGUUACCUACACAGCCAGGAAAUUGGCACAACACUGGCACUACUCUACAUCACUUGGGCAGAAGUACUUGAGGCGAGAGGAAGUUUUAAGAAAGCAGAUCUGAUAUUCCAGGAAGGUCUUCAGCGCAAAGCUGAGCCUUUGGACAAACUCCAGUUCCAUCACAGGCAGUUUCAGAUCCGUGUUUCUCGACAGACGCUAUUGGGGCUAGAGGAAACUCCUAAUAGAGACACCGGUCUUCUGGGAGUUGUAGAACCUCAGAGAACCUCAUUGGCAGAUCUAAAAGGCAAGGGGAAUAAGAAAGUGAGAGCCCCAAUUAGUCGCGUAGGAGAUGCACUUAAAGCCACAAGCCAAACCAGAAGCUUCCAGGCUGCAACUUCUCAGCAGCUUUUAAACAAUCCUGAUUUUGCUGUAUUUGAUGAAAAUUCAGCCUCUGGAUCUGAGAUGCCCAUGCUUACACCACAGCCAUGGACAGUACCUCCAGCUCCACGGGCCAAGGAGAAUGAAAUGAGUGCAGGACCUUGGAACUCCGGCAGGCGUCCUCGCAACAGUGCAAAUUCUGGUAUAGAAGUGCCCUACCCACUGCCCAGUUUCACACCCUAUGUGGAAGAGUCAGCUCAGCAACAAGUCAUGACUCCCUGCAAAAUUGAGCCCAGCAUAAACUGUGUUCUAAGUGCUCGCAAACCUGAGAAAGAGGAGGAUCCACUACAGCGAGUGCAAAAUCAUCAGAAGGAUACUCAAGACAAGACAGAGGUGAUGUACUGUAAAGAUAAGGUUUAUGCUGGAGUCGAAGAAUUUUCUUUGGAAGAGAUUCGAGCUGAAAUCUACAGAAAGAAAGUAUUAAAGAAAACUGAAGAGGAGAUACAGGACAUAGCACAGAAGAAGGAAGAAAUACAAAAGAAAAUUGAGGACCUGGAGAAGAAAUUAAAGAAGAAAGAAGAUGACAAGCAGCAACAACCACAAGAACAGCCAACAGAGAUAACAGAAGCUUCACCACCUUUGGGACUGCAAGGAUUUACUUUUCUGAGUGCAACAGAAGUUGAGGAGAAACAGCCUCAGUUGCAAAGUGAAUCCUCAGUCUCUGAAGAUACUAAACUGCAUAAACCAUCUUGUUCUGAGGAUACGCAAAGAGGAAAUGUGUUUUUAGACUCUGAGAAUGAACAGGAGGAACAGAAGGAUGAGGCCAGCCUUGGAAAAGAAGGUACAAUUCUGAAGUGUCAUCUUCCCCCAGCGGAUCCUGCUACGUUUUUCACCAUAUUUGAUGAAUCCUCUACUUUGACAGAUCAGACUAUAAGUAGUUCUGCAGAUCCUACACAGAAAAGUGCCCAGCGCCCUCUUGCCAUUCGUAAAGCUUCAGAUUCUCUAACUGCAGAGGAAAACGUAUCACCAGAAGCCUGUGAUGAGCUGAAUGGAAUUGAACCUUUGACUGAAGAUGCAAUUGUGACUAGCUCCUACAAGAACAAAACCCUUUGUGCCAACCCAGAAGACACGUGUGACUUUGUUAGGGCUGCCCACUUGGCCUCAACGCCCUUUCAUGGGGUGGUAGCUCAGAGAGUCCCAGCUCCUGCUUUUUCAGAGAGUGUCCUGAAGGAAGACUCCCUAGAAUCUAAGACUGCAUCUCUGAAUCAGGAAACACCGGUCUGUGAGGGAGCAUUCAGUGAAGCGCUUUGUAUAAAGAAACUCAGCCCGAUCAUGGAAGCAAGCCUGGAAGAUACUCGCUCGUCAGGAUCUUCUGUCUCCUCAGGAUCUUCUCUUUCCUCUGUUACACAAAUAUCUACUAUAAAAUACUUGCAUAUCCCGGAGAAACUGGAAUUUACUCAUAGCUUGCCUGCAGAAAUGGUUACUGAUUCUGGAGGUGAUGACGUAACUCAGGUCUUGUGGUGCACUGAACGGCGUAAAGAGCUUUUAGAUCCUAUGCCAGAAUCAUUGACUGCUUCUCCAGACUUUCAUUUGGAGGCUGGCGCUCUGCCUGUCAUGCAGUUUGAGAAAAACGUUGAACUAGGAACUGACACUUACUGUAUCAAAUGGGAAUAUUGGACCAAUGAAGAACACAAGAUGUUUUUUGCCAUUCUAGAGAACUCUCCCCGGUUGGAUACAAAGGGAUUUGCGAUAAAGGUGCAUUCUCAGCCUGUGCCUUGGGAUUUUUAUAUCACACUUCAAUUGCAGGAGCGUUUGAAUUCUGACUUUGAGCAAAGCUUCAGUGAGAAUUUCAGCUGCUACUUGUAUCAAGACGGCUGUGCUAUUUUGCACAGGAAUAUAAAUUACUUUACGCUUGGGGAUGUUAUUCGUGGCUGUAAGUCCAUCACAGAUGAUGUUAUCCUACUGGUCGUUUAUAAUCUUCUGGGCGUGGUAGAGAAGCUCCAUAGAGCAGAGAUUGUCCAUGGAGACCUGAGUCCAGAGGUGUUCUUUCUGGGAGACAGGAUCUAUGAUCCUUUUGGUAAUGAUGAGAUGUCAAGAGCUCUGAAGAUCGUGGAUUUCUCUCACAGUCUAGAUUUGAGAUUACAGUCUCGAGUAAGUUUGCCCAACAGCUUUCCAAUAUCUCAGACCCCUUAUGGACAACAGCUUCUGACAGAAAGUUCUCUUCCUUAUCAAGUAGACUUGGUUGGCAUUGCAGAUAUAGUCCAUUUGAUGCUCUUUGGGGAUCAUCUCCAGGUCUAUCAAGAGAAUUCCAUCUGGAAAAUCAGCCAAAAUGUAUCCAAGACUGUUGACAGUGAUUUUUGGAGUAAAUUCUUUGGGAGAAUUCUGAAUGCAGAUGGUAAGUCCACAGUGCCUCUGCUGAGGGAGUUGAGAGAGGAAGUGCGUGCCAUGUUUGACAGCUGUUUCCAAGAACGCCUUUGUGACUCCUUAACUGCACUGGGAGAAACUCUCUUGGAGAACACCCUGUGACUUCAUAGAGGACCAACACACUUUGUAUUAUAGA